CUUUAUGCUUCUAAAGUCAGAAUUUUUAAGUCAAAAGCAAUUGGAAGCGCUUCGAUUGUAUAAAUACAGAGCCAUCGAUCGCUCGUUUACUACAAAAUAUAUACUAAGCCAUUAUUGGAAUUGGUGUGUUCAGUUUUUUCCGAUAAGUAUGGCACCCAACCUUAUCACUUUGAUAGGUUUGAUCUUCAUGAUCAUCAAUGUGGCCAUUGCUUCACUAUUGGCUCCUUAUAUGGGUACUGGUUCAGAAGCCGGUCCUCGAUGGAUCUAUUUUAGCUUUACAGCAGGAAUAUGGCUAUAUUCAACAUUUGACAACGUUGAUGGAAAGCAAGCAAGAAGAACAAAUUCAUCUUCUCCUUUGGGUGAAUUAUUUGAUCAUGGAUGUGAUGCCAUCAACUGUUCAUUUGCUGCUAUUUUACAAGCAACCAGUUUAGGUACAGGACAUUCAAAGGCAAGUGUUAUGCUCUACGGGAUCGCCAUGUUGGGAUUCUAUCUAUCGACUGUAGAGGAAUAUCACACUGGGAUCCUGUAUUUAGGAUAUGUAAAUGCUCCUACCGAAGGCGUUAUAUUAUCGUGUAUUGUCUUUAUCAUUUCCGGAAUCUAUGGUCCUGAUGUGUGGCAAGCACCACUCAAGAUCUCAUGGUUAUCCAUUCCAGAAAUGCCUCGUUCACAUGCUUUGAUCUGGUGUAUUGGUAUUCUCUUCUUGCUUACACACGCACCUUCUUGCUUCUAUGCCAUGUAUAAAGCCUGUCAAGAGAAAAAGAUCCCAUUUGCUAAAACAAUGAUUGUCCAGAAUAUGCCUAUUGCUACCUAUGUCAUCUGUCUUUACUUUUGGGUCACAUCUCCUUACUCUACUAUACUUAGUGACCACCAUUUUAUGCUAUUUUCCAUUACAACUGGUAUUGUAUUCGGUAGAAUGGCAACUAAAGUUAUCCUGGCCCAUCUCACGCGAUCCAGUUUCCCCAAAUUUACAGUCCUCUUGGUUCCACUGAUCAUUGGCGCCCUUCUGACUAACGUACCGCGUCUUAUACCCACAACGCCCUUGUUGACAGCACAAUCCGAAUAUAUCUUUCUUUGGGCCUAUUUCUUAUUUGCAUUAGUAGCCUAUGUCAGAUGGGCAUUGGUCGUGAUUAAUAGUUUCUGUCAGUUUCUCGGCAUUCAAUGUUUAAGGAUUCCAUCACAGAAGAGACAAUAGAAAUAAUAAACAAUCAUAGACUACAUUUGCAUUCCAUAAAUCUCUUCACAGAAAUAGUUUGGCUUUGUGUGAUCUAGCAAAUGUAACCUAUUUCCUAAAAUAGUCAGAGAUGAUCUAUAUUUUCCCCCAAUAAAUGAAAAUUAAACACGUAGUCAGAAAAUGAUUUUCCGUUACAAAUUUUACCUUUUAUGUAAGCUGAAAAAGUUCUCUCAGCGUAAAGGAGUUCUUUAUGAUUGUGUAUUAGCGUGUACAAGUAAAAUGCAUCCCUUUGAUCUUCAGCGCAU